UGUCUGUUGGCUGUGAUCGGAGGUGUAUGUCGGUGCUCCUGUGCUCCCUGUAAAUAAACCACUGAAAUAACAAAACAUUUCCCUUUGCACUAGAUUGAGAAUUAGUCCUAAUAAGGUUAAGGUAAUUCUGUGUAUCGUAAUACAACACCAGUGAUGUAUCAUUAGGAGACGAGUUAAGUGAACCAGUUUUGUGCGAGGGUCGUGUGUGUGAGGAGGAGGAAGCCAAUUUGACUUCCCUAGGACACAUUGUUCCCAUCUCCAUCAUAUAUGAGAUGUGACUGCUGGAGCACAGUGGCAGGUGUGGUGGGUUGUGUGGGUGUUGAUGUGAUGCCAGGCUGCAGGUGGUGUACACCUCGUCAGCAACAGUCAAGGUGGUGAUGGGUGGUCGUUGUGGGUGAGGGCGGUGUCGGGUGUGGGCCAGGAUGAGUCUUCCCCUGGACGUGCCCUGAGCCCCGCCCCUCACCCGCCACCGCCGCCAUGGCUGCUGAUGGCGUGCCGGGGCGGCGCUUCUUGUGCCGCGAGUGGGCGUGGGCCAAACUGUGGGCGUGCCUGGAGCAGAGGCCCGCAGCCAAGACCUGUGGGGCCCUACUGGUGGGCGGCCCCGGGACGGGCAAAACCGCCCUCUGCACCGAGCUGGUGACACCGUCGGCAUCACACGGCCGUCAUGCCACUGCCCUUCAGGCCCGCCUGGUGGCACACCACUUCUGCCACGCCCACGACGCCGCCUCCCUCAGCGUGGGCUGCUUCAUCCAGUCGCUGGUGACGCAGGUGGGAGAGUCUUCCCUCCUGGCUGGGUAUGGCACCAAGGUGGUGGAGGCUGAGGUGCGUAAUGCUCUGGAACCUUGCACGCUACACUCGAACCCUGAUGAAGCAUUCCGGCGAGCUGUGCUUUUUCCCCUGCUGGAACUUGACCCGCCAGAUCGCACCCUUCUGCUGGUGGUGGACAGUAUAGAUGAGACGGAUCUGCAGCCGGCGCUGACAGGCGCCCCUCGUGAGGGUAGUAACACCGAAGUUAGUAACAAUGGUCCCUCGCGCACUAUCGCUGAGUUACUGGCCACACAUCACCACCUGCUUCCUCAGUGGCUGCUGCUGCUGGUAACGGCGCGACGAGGCUCUCGCACCAUCAUCAGGCAGUUUGCGGGCUUCAGGAAAGUGGCACUAGAUGACCUGCGUCGCGGUCACGUGGUCCGCGAUGUGCAGCAGUACAUUCUGUGUCGCCUGGACCGCGAGCCCGCCCUCAGGCACCACCUCUCUCGUGAGACGGCAGAAAUGCUGAACCAGCUACACAUUAAGAGCAAUGGGUGCUUCCUCUACCUGGAGCGUGUGUUAGACGGUGUAGCCGAAGGCUGGGUCACGUUACGUGAGAUCAGACACAUUCCCGGCACGCUCAAUGGUCUCUACUUGUGGCUGUGUCAAAGGCUGUAUCCCCGGAGGCACUUCCAGCGUGUAGUACCCUUGCUGUCUGUCAUUUUGGCUGCUCGCGCGCCUCUCACCAAGGAAGAAUUGCGGCUGGCUGUGGAGACUCGUAUUCCCACACUCUCAGACGAAGACUGGGGCAAGCGGUGGUCCCUCUUAACCCGUGUCUUGUCAGUCGAACACGACCAGCGGGUCCUCCUCUUCCACCACAGCUUCGCAGAAUGGCUGCUUGAUGUCAAACACUGCACUCAGAAAUAUUUGGUAGAUGUUGCUGACGGGCACGCCAUGUUGGCCAUGCGUCUCUCCGUGGACGCGCCAACACUAACAGUAACUCAGGUGCACCAACUGGCUCUUCACCUCUCACGCAUCCACCUAGAGCCACCCCUGGAACAGUACCAUCUGCCUUUAUGGAUGGUAUCGUGUGGCGUUCCUCUGAACAUCUGCCAUGACCUGCCGCCUCCCAGAGAUCCCCGCGCAUUGAAAAUACUUCAGGAAGCUGGUGCUACUCUACCUGACGACCAUCCACAAGAUGAUGAGGACGAAGAUGAAGAUGAGGAUGAUGAUGAAGAAGACGAAGAAGACGAGGUAGAGGAAGGUGGAGAGGAGGAGGAGGAGGAGGAAGCACCAGCCACUGAUAUCAAGUAUGAGGAAUUAGAGCAGGAAGAUGAGGUCGCGGAAGGUGAGAAUGAAGUGCUCGAUGUGCCAGAAAAGUUGCCUCAGGACCAGGAGGCCGAGGGAAUAGUGUAUCCAGAUAAAACUGAUCAAAUAAUAUGUGAUAUAGAUAAUAUGCUUAUUAAGGAAAAGUCUGCCAACGAAGAUAAAGAAAAAGACGAUGAGGAGGAGAAAUUGAAAAUGGACCUAAAAGAGGCAGGUGAAAAAAGUGACAAUGAAAAUGAAAAAGAUGAUGAAUACGUAACUAUGGUGCCUCUCCCAGGAGAGAUUGUCAAUGGUAGCACGGGUGGUAGGCGGAGUACAGAGGGAGGUGUUAGUACGAAUGGUCGACAUAGUACCGGAGGGCGUCAGAGUACGAGUGGACGACAGAGCACUGGUGGUCGUCAGAGUACAGGGGGGAGACAGAGUACAGGUGGUCGUCAUAGCAGUACCGGAGGACGCCAUAGCAGUGACCACAGCAACAGCAGUAGCAGACGACGGGAGCGACGCAGACGGCGACACAGGGAAGACCCCCUAUACCCAUACCUGCGCGGUGGUCCUGUAGACCAAGUUGAUAGUGCUGGUCGCUCUCUGCUGCACAGCGCCUCUCACCAAGGUGAUGCGUCACUCGUGCGUCUUCUGCUGGAGCGAGGUGCCUUCCAUGGCCUCCAGGAUAGAGCUGGACAGACGCCAUUAAAUUUAGCAGCGCGUCACGGCCACGCUGAGGUGGUAGCUGUCUUACUGGCAGCCGGUGCUGACGCUGAUCAUGCUGAUGCUGACGGCUGGACGGCACUAAGAUCAGCAGCGUGGGGCGGUCACAGUGGGGUGGUGAAUGCCCUACUGGCUGGUGGCACCCAGGUGGAUUUAGCCGAUGGAGACGGUCGCACAGCGUUAAGAGCUGCCGCCUGGGGUGGUCACGAAGACGUUGUAUCAGCUCUCUUACGUCAUGGUGCUGCUGUCAAUCGAGCUGACAGCGAGGGUCGCACGCCCCUCAUUGCUGCAGCAUACAUGGGACACUCAGAGAUUGUGGAGGCUCUGCUGGAAGCUGGCGCUGACGUGAAUCACGAAGAUGUUGAUGGUAGAACAGCUCUGAGUGUGGCGGCUUUGUGUGUGCCAGCCAGUGAGGGUCACACAAGUGUGGUGACCACACUGCUGGAGCUGGGUGCUAAGGUCAACCACCAGGACCACGAUGGUCUCACUCCACUCCUCGUUGCAGCCUUCGAGGGUCAUACAGAAGUGUGUGAAUUAUUGCUAGAAUAUGAAGGAGAUGUGGAUCACGUUGAUCACUCUGGGCGAACUCCUCUGCUAGCCGCUGCAUCGAUGGGUCAUGCAGCAGUUGUGGAGCGUCUUCUGUUCUGGGGUUGCUAUGUUGAUCAUAUAGAUGCUGAGGGACGCACUGUUCUCAGUGUUGCUGCUGCCCAAGGUUCACAGGAGACUGUACGAUUAUUACUUGACAGAGGCUUAGAUGAAACCCAUAGAGAUAAUGCAGGCUGGACACCGUUACAUUAUGCGGCAUUUGAAGGCCACUGUGGUGUGUGCGAAGCCCUCUUGGAAGCUGGUGCACGUGUUAAUGAAGUGGAUAAUGACGGAAAGCAUGCAUUAGUCUUGGCUGCACAAGAGGGCCACACAGCAGUGGUAGCAGCCCUCUUAGAUGCUGGAGCAGAUAUUCAUCAUACAAGUCAUGAUGGACGUUCUGCUUUGCGUGUAGCAGCACUGGAGGGACAUAAAGAUGUUGUACAUCUCUUGUUGUGUCGAGGUGCUGAUCUUCACUACAAAGAUGCUGAUGGACGCUCCACACUUUACCUUCUUGCUCUUGAAAAUCGACUUGAUAUGGCAAAAUUCUUAAUGGAAAACAAUGCAGACGUUGAGAGUACUGAUCUUGAAGGUCGUACACCUCUACAUGUCACAGCAUGGCAGGGUCACACCCGAAUGGUUGCUCUCUUACUGGACGGUGGUGCUCAUGUUGAUGCCGUUGACCGGGAACGUCGAACACCAUUACAAAGUGCUGCUUGGCAAGGUCAUGCAGAGGUAGUAAGAUUGCUGCUGGAACGUGGUGCCACAGUAGACCACACUUGCUCACAAGGUGCUACAGCUUUAAGUAUUGCUGCACAAGAAGGUCAUGAAGAAAGUGUUGCAGCUCUUCUUCAAUAUGGUGCAAAUCCAGCACAUUCUGAUCGUUGUGGUCGAACUGCCAUUAAAGUAGCACUGAAAGGUGGUCAUAUCCAUCUUGCUCGCAUGCUAGAGGAGAGUAUGGCUGUACAGCAACAACAGGGCGGUGUUCCAUGGGGAAUGGCAGCUUCCUCUUCAGUGGGAUCAAGCUCAACAGCAGAAACUAAACCUUGCUCAGCUUUAUUGUGUCCAGGCCUUGCAGCUUCACCAGCUGAAUCCCCUGAAUCUACAUUUGAAAAACGUCGCUCGGUAGCUUCUCUUGGACAACAUUCUUCUUCCAAGUCCUCUGGCAAUCUCACUACCUCCACUCGCUCUUCAGGUGGCCCCAGAGCUCCCACACCCCGUGAGGCUCAUGCUCAUCAUCAUCUCCAACACCAACAACAACCUCCACCGCCACCUGCACCAUCUGCACCACCAGCAUCUGCCAUGUCUCCAGUUUUAAGUUUUACACAGCAGCUUCAACAGUGUGGUCGUGGACGUGGCCGCCGUCAUCCUCCACCACCACAGCCAGCACUGACUCCCUUAGAUGAACCAGCUUCACCAAUUUAUGCCUCUCCACCACUGUCACCACUAAGUGAUGGUCCUGGUGGAGGACGGCACAUGCCAGCUGCAGCUAUUUUAGAAGAUGAUUAUACUGUUCCAAUUCAGCACCCUGCAGGUCGGGCACCAAGACCAUCCGCUCCUCCUGUUAACAUUACACCAGAGUUAUAUCUGAAAUUUCAGAUAGGUCGUCGUGGCGGCGGAGUUAUAAGCAGCGGGGGAGGGGCUGCUGUGCCAGGCAUGGGUAACAUACCAAGCAUGGGUGUCAGUGUCCCAGGAGUGCAGGGAGCUGGAUCCCCGAGCUCUUCUGGCUUUACAUUUACACAAGACCAACAUAUGCGCAUUAUCCUGGGGACUCGAUCUCCUGAGCCACGCCCUCGUCGCAAUGGUAUUGUGACCAACCCAAGCCUUAAAGCUGCUCAUGCCAAGGCUGCUCAUCUUCUACGGAAUGGUCUAAGUGGCCGCCCAAGACCACCACCAGCCAGACCUAAUGGUCUCCCACUCAAGAAAGAAACUCCACUAUGACCAAAGAUGAAAACAGAUUGUGGUGACCCUGUACCAUGGUACCAAGGAUACAACUGAAGAUGCCAGCUGUCACAAAAUGGAAGUGCAACUUGUCAAAAAAAAAACUCUCUCUCUCUCUCUCUCUCUCUCCGUGUACUGUAGUAUCCCUUAAGCUGACCUCUUAGUAGCAGAUAUUUAUAUCAAUGGAAAAUUACUUCUGAGAAGAAAAUGAGGCAGAAGAGAUAAAUCAGUGAAAGCAGAGGGUCCAUCAUAAGAUAACAAUGAUUAUCAUGGCAACACGAUGAACCGGAGAUUUGUUGUAGAUAUACUACAUACAGUGAUAUAUGUUGCAGAAAAAUCAAGGAAGUUCUUACAGUACAUUCUAUUUUGAAAUAGCAAAUGGUAAAAUGACUAAUGAGUGUUAUAUGCAAGUUUAAUAGGUUCAGUGACAGUAAUGGCAUCUUCAACUGCCAGUGUAUUGUGAAGUCCAAGUACUGUAAUGCUGGCAAGUAAAUUUAAUAGAGCAAACCUCAAAAGUUUAUUAUAUUUUCCAAAUUAGGUUCACCCAACCUGUUUGGUGAAUUUGUUACAAAUAUUGGUACAUUUCUAUUCCUUUUACAUGGAAAUUUAUCAGAAACCCUUUAAAAAAAAUUUAUGUGAAUGCCUUGUUCAGACAAUUUUUUUAAGUUCCAUGUCACAUUACCGUCCCUGGUGCCAAGUUAGUAACAGUACUCAGAGCAGUGUUUUGAUGACUGAAUUGGAAUCCCCCACACCAAAGUCUGCAAGGCUGUUGUUAUGGCAGCUUGGAAUCCAGGUAAAUAAUCGAUUGCUUUAGGUUCUCUGUUUAUUUUAACAGCUACCAGAUGUGUAUUAGGACUUCAUAAGUAAUGAUAUUUGUCCAAUUAACACAUUUCUUUGUACAUUCUUUUAGUGAAUUAAAUUUUUUGGUUGCUAAAGGAAAUACUGUAACCAUCAAUUUAUUUUUUUAAUAAUCUUUUUUAAAUUUUCCUAAAUUUUAUGGAUAAGAAAUUUUCUUCAUAGGGUCCCAAACUGCCAUAUGAACAUGUCUGUGUAUGUUUUAUUGCUGUUGUAUCCUAUAUGUAUAUAGCGGUGCCCUGUACUAGUCGUGUAGUUCGCUGUUGUACUAUCAUGUGCAAAUGUAAAAAGUGUCCUCACCUUGCACAUGUACAGAUUUAGCAAUAUAAACUUAAGUAAACAUUUACAGUGUGUGUGAUGUAAUAUGUACAGCUCUAUAACUAUACCAUUUAUUACUGGUCAUUGAACAGUUAUUGGCUGGUAUCCAAUAUAUAAAAGUGUACUUUUGUUGGAUGCACUUAUCAACACUAAUGUACUGCCUCAUAAUGCUUAUGCAUUGAAGAGGAAGUCACUCAAGCUCAGCAAGAAAGCAAUAGGGAUUUUUAAUUCACUUUACAAUGUGCUUAACAGGUUUAGCCAUAGUUGAUCCUCCAUGCUUUUGCCAAUAUUAUAUAUUUCUCAGAAGUGUGUUGCUAUCGUUUGAGGUAUACUGUAUAUUAUUUGUUUUUUGUCAGAAGUAAAUAAUAUUGAGUUUUGUAGAUGUUAAUUUACAGUAAUUAAAAAUGGAGAGGUGCUUUCUGUUUGUUGUGCUCUUUGUUGGUUUUUAAAAAAAAAGGAAAGGAUUUCAGUUAAUAAGUACAAACAAUUGGCAUGUGGAAGCUCUAUUACAAUAUAAUGCAUUGUUAAAUUUUGUUUUCUCUUUAGAAUACAUAACAUAAAUGACGAGUAAAAACACCUUAUUAUUAUACUCUACAUGUAAAGUUAUUACAAACAUAUAUUAUUUUGAUAAAAACAUUAAUACAGUAUUUAAGUGAGUUCCUUUAAUAUGAUAUAAUUUUGGUAUGAACCUUUGUAAUUGAUACCAACAAACAAUUUGAAAAGACACAAGCAAAUGCUAGGAUAUGUUUAUUAGAAAAAGUUUUGGUCCAGGGAUCUUGAUCAAAGCCCAGGACAGAAAUGUUGUCUAAUAAAUAUGUCUUAGUGUUUGCUAGUGUGUCUUUAUAUAAUACAACUUAUGACUGCAACAUAAUAGUUUCGUCCUUACAGAACACGAAAAUGAGAACUUUCAGCUAAAGUAUUUGAUAUAGGUAUUACCAGAAUAUUGAUAUACAGUUAUUCUUUAAGUGUAGUCUUCACUUUAAUCUGUACCUAGUAAAUUUUGUAGAUUACACUACUGUAAUGUGUUACAUAUGAGUAAGGGGGACACUGAGGUGUUUAUACAUCAUAAUUUUUUAUCAUUCAUGGCCAUCUUUCUCAUUGGUAACUUUUUCAGUCAUUAUAUGUAAGAGUGAACUGCAUUCAUAAGAUUCUUUUACUUGAUGAGGGAAAUAUGCACAAGAACUAGCAUGACAAAGAUAUAAAUAAAUAUUUGUAUCUGUGAUACUUUGUUCCUUUUAGGUGUUGAAUAAGCAAUUGCCACUAAUACCAAGGUAUGGCUUGAUCAUGUCUCUGUUAUGUACAAUACUUGUCUGAGGUAGCCAUUCCAGUUUUAAUUUGGAACUUUUGUUUACAUGAGUAGAUGAAAGUUUACAAAAUCAUUAUUAUUUUAUUUUUAUUUUCUUGUGUACAGAAUAUUUAUAUUAAUAUGUCAGAAUUGUUUUUCCAAGAAUGUGAAUGUACAGUCAGCACCAUUACUCUUUAGCUGUCAGUAAUUUUCUUUUAAAAUUCAAGUGAGGCAUGGGUAAUCGUUUAAUUCAGAUUGAAAUAAAAGAGUGGUGUGGGCUGUGGCCUCCAGAUGAAAACUCCUGAAGAGGCAGACAUGUGCAGGAGUUGCUAUUAUAUUUUUGGAUAUUUACCUGUUUGAGCUUGCAAGGGGUGAGCUUGAGCUCUUGAUGCCAUGAUAGAGGCCAUGGAAAUCAACCUUUGUCUCUACCCUCACCACUAUGAUAAAAUUUAGCAUAAUUCUAUUAAUUUUCUUCACCAACUGGAUAGUAUUUCACUAGGCAGUUUGAGCAGUGGCACAGUUGGGGGAGGGGGGGUUAAAGCCUCCCCAAGAUGCAAAUACUUUUCCUUUAUUUUUUCCAGUUAAUGGCUAAUCUUCACUGUAUUACCUUGACCAGUGACCACAAAAGCAUGACAGUUUAAUCUUACUGAAAAGAACAUGUUUUUAAAAAUUCUUUGAAUUUUUCAGUCAUAUGAUUUUUAAGCCCCUCCUGAAUUGAAAUCCUGGUUAUGCCAAUGGUUUUGGGGAAAGGUUGCUGCAUCUCUGUAACAUUUUGACUUUAGUAUAAAUGGCACUUAAAGAUCUAUUACAGCUUACUAUGAUAUUGAUGGUGGAUAAAAUUUUAGGGAUUAAAAAAUUAAUACAGUGGUUCAGUAUUAUGAUUAACCUGGAUUUGUAGGUGCUUAAUAUUCAUGAGGAGCUAGAGAUGUUUCAACAUACAUGACUUGACGGCUCUGUAGGUUUUCAGUCUCUUACUAGAACCAUCUGAACAGGGCUGAUUUUUUUUUUCUUUUACUAUCUCUGCCCUGGUAAACUCCUCUAAUCUGCUAGCCAAAAUAUUACUUGACAAACCUCUCGAAUACAACUCGGUCUCAGCAUUGUAAAAUAGUGACAGGUAAUUCUUCAAUAUUAUAGUGUUCACUGAAAGCUAGGAAAAGAUCAUGUCCACACAUUUUUAUAAUUUUAUACAGUAUUAGUUUUUUUUUUUUUUUUGCUAAAUGGUUGUAUAAGGCUCAUGACUAAUGAGAAUUCUAUGAUCACCAUUUGUUCAUGUUAAUGAAAACAUUUGAUCAGUUGUGUGUGUUCAUUUGUUUUAGUUCAGUUGAAAUAUUUAUAUCCUGUUCACAUUUAUAAAAUACUGUUUAAGGAAAAAUACAGUUUUAUUGAGCUAACCAGUUUCACAUGGGUAAGUGGGAAUUAAGAAAUGACAUGAUAAAAAAAAAAAGCUGUAAUCAAUGUCAGCAAGUUGAAAAUCAGAUUGUAUGGUAGACCUCUUAAGUAUAUACAUUUGUAAAGUCAACUAACAUGAGAAUUAUCACUAGGAUAAAGUCCACCAAAAAAAAAAAAAAAAAAAAAAAGCAUCUUACUUCUGGCAGUCUUCACACUUAACACAUUAUAGUGCUUCCACAGGCAACAGAAGCCAAUCAAUAUAUUACAUAUAAUCAUAUUGCAAAUUCUUAUAUGUUAUAUUUUAUGUGUAUUUCCAAUAUGGAAACAUCAGAUUUGCUUUGAAAUUUUUAAUUAGUCAGCAUUGAAUAAAAAAUCAUUACAAUACAUGUAUAUUAAUGCAUUCAUCAUUUGAAAGAUUGUAAAUUUCUUGUAUUACACAAUUUGAUUUUAGGGUUAUAAGUAAUCAAACAAUAUAAUUCUGUGUACUUUUAGUAAUACUGUGCAUUACUUGAAAUAAUCAUUUUAAAUAAAAUGAUUGUUGACCCCACAUAAAGUGGCAGAUCAAAAGUCCACUAGUUCAUUGUCACUUUAAACAGCUGUUGGUUAACAUGCAAUAUUUUAUGCUCCAUAAGUGCAUUUCAUUAUGUAAUAUAAAAAGUUCACGUGAACUUUGAUUUAAUAUAGUAUUUUGCAUUUCAUGCUAUGGAAAUGUAUUUGCCUCCAUAGUUUUGCUGUACAGAUUUCCCUUGUAUUUAUUUUGUACACUUUUGUAUUUAAGUAUUGCUUUGUAUCCUACAUGUUAUGUGUAGUAGUUUAGCAUUAGCUUACCUUUGAAAGUUCAGGCCAGCUUUAAUAUGUUUAUGUUAUGGUCUAUAUGUGAUCAUUAACUCAACUUGCUGAUAAAUACAGGCUGUUGGUUACAAGGCCUAUGUGAAUAUUCUGUGUUUGAGGUUCUGCAAAACAUCUGGCCUUGUUAUUCAAAGGUUGAAUGACCACAUGGAAAACAAAUAUUUUUCUAUUCAUCUUUCACCAAUAGUUGGCAUGAAUUAUUUUAACAUCAUGUUCCACAUAAACAAAUGGUUAACUGUACUAGACAGCCCUACAGGCUGGUAUAGUACAGUUAUGUACUGUACCUACAAUGAAGGUACUGAAAAUAUGGCUCAUUCAUUCAUUUUCAUUGAUACUUUAGUAUCAUCUUUGCACUAAAUGCUGGGAUACACCACUAUAAAAUGCUCAAGCUUCUUAUUUAAACAUUCACUUGAAUUUUAAUUCAUAUAAUUUUGGUGGGAUAAUGGGUACACUACCAUAUUAAUUUUAUUUCAUUUUGUAAGGGGGUGAGAAAUUAUUUUGUCACUGCCAGCAUUAAUUAAAAAAUAGAGCAUUUUCUUUACUUGGGAAGAAAUAUUUUCAAAAAGAAAACGUGCAUUUUUAUGGAAGCUGAAUACUCAUUUAUGGGUAGUUCAAGGCUAAUCCUAGUACUAAUAUUAAUUAUCAAGCACAUUCAUUUCACAUACAAAUAAGAAAAUGGGUAUGUUAUUAUCAAAGUUAAUCAACUAGAUACUGUAUGUACAUCAGUGUGUAGGAGUGAAUGUUUGAUCUCAAAAUGCUGAAUGCCAAAAAUAAAAAGGGGUGACUCAAUACACGUGGGGUGACUUAAGAUAUUUUUGUAGUCAAACAGCUUUCAAAUGUGAUUUAUCCAUAAAAUAAUAUUUUAUUGUGUCAUGUCUGACAGUUUGGUUUCCAUAACAUGCACUCAUUUAUGCAGUGAUAAUAUUAAAAGCCUUAGUACAGUAAUAUAUCUUUGUUUAUGUACCCUAUGGCUGUAACCCUGUUUAACAAUGUAUAUUGUUAGGCAUUACUUGAUGUAAUUCCAUGAACAGUAAAUAUACACUUAUCCUGUUGGCA